GGAACGUAGCGGACGCUGUUGAAUGAAAAUCUUCAGUUGUUGGUACCUUUCUCUCUUUCUCUUUCACACUCACUUUCUCACUUGUUAAUUCUCGCGAGGAAUCAAUCUUCGCACAUCACUGUGUAUCCACUGUAACUAGUUUCAACAUACCUGUUGCAAGCAGAACCUGUCCACAAUGUUUCUUAGUUUUUGUUCUAUCUGCAAAACUUGAUCAACUGGGACUCAUUCACCAUCGUUAUACAUCAUUUUCCUACUUCAAUCAUGGCUUCACUUCUGAAUACUGUGUCACCAGCUGCAAAUUUAUCCCCCAAAACCAAACGACCCACUUGUGGCGGUUUCUUGCACUCCCAGGUUCCGAAUCUUCACACUUUUUCCAUGAACAAGGGUUUUUCUAGGGUUUCGGCUUCGACCCAGAUUGCCAUUACCCCAAAAGAUGCGGUUUUUAAUCUCCCCAAUUGGAGAGGUGGGAGGAAUGACCCUAGGGACAAAGAGUUAAGGGUCUAUGAUGCAUUUCUCCAUUUAGAGUAUUUGGUGGGUAAGGGCCAAAAGCCAGAGGUGACUCAAGCAACUCAGCUUUUGUAUGAUCUUUGCAAGUUUAACAAAGCUAGAAAGGCUGUUAAGGUGAUGGAUAUGAUGGUUGAUUCAGGUAUUAUACCUGAUGCAGCCUCUUAUACAUACUUGGUCAAUUUUCUAUGCAGGAGAGGCAAUGUUGGGUAUGCUCUUCAGUUGGUUGAGAAGAUGGAGGGGCAUGGUCUUCCAACUAAUACUGUUACCUAUAACACUCUUGUUAAAGGCCUUUGCAUGCAUGGUAACUUGAAGCAGAGCUUGCAGCUUUUGGAUAAGUUGAGAAAGAAGGGCUUGGUUCCAAAUGCAUUCACAUUUUCUUUCCUUCUCCAAGCGGCGUACAAGGAAAGGGGAGUGGAUGAGGCCAUGAAGCUUCUUGAUGAGAUAAUUGCCCAGGGUGGAGAGCCUAAUUUGGUUAGUUACAAUGUGCUGUUAACUGGGUUGUGCAAGGAAGAGAGAACUGAAGAAGCUAUCAGGCUUUUCAGGGAAUUGCCUGCAAAAGGGUUCAGUCCUAGUGUUGUGAGUUACAACAUUUUGCUGAGGAGCUUGUGCUAUGAAGGGCGGUGGGAGGAAGCUAACGAACUUCUUGCAGAGAUGGAUAAAAGGGACCAGUCUCCCUCGGUGGUCACUUACAACAUAUUGAUUACUUCACUUUCAUUUCACGGAAGAACAGAACAAGCUUUUCAGGUUUUGGAUGAAAUGACAAGGAGUGGAUUCAAGGUGAGUGCUACUAGCUAUAAUCCGAUUGUUGCACGACUCUGCAAGGAAGGGAAAGUGGAUCUUGUUGUUCAAUGCAUAGACCAAAUGAUUCACCGGCGUUGUAAUCCUAAUGAUGGAACGUACUGUGCUGUUGCAAUGCUGUGUGAGCAAGGUAAAGUACAGGAGGCUUUCUUUAUAAUCCAAAACUUGAGUAAUAAACAAAGCAACCCCAUGCAUGAUUUUUACAAAAACGUGAUUGCAAGCCUGUGUAGGAAAGGGAACACAUAUGCAGCCUUUCAGAUGUUAUACGAAAUGACAAAGUAUGGAUUUACUCCAGAUUCCUUUACUUAUUCAUCUAUGAUAAGAGGAAUGUGUAGGGAGGGAAUGCUAGAUGAGGCUCUUAAGGUAUUCAGGAUUUUGGAAGAAAAUGACCACGUUCCUAAUAUUGAUAACUACAACGCACUUAUACUUGGAUUUUGCAAAGCUCGGAGAACAGACAUAUCAAUAGAGAUAUUUCUGAUGAUGGUUAACAAAGGAUGUGUGCCUAAUGAGAAUACCUAUACCAUUAUUGUGGAAGGACUUGCUUUUGAAGAGAAGACAGAUAUAGCUGCAGACCUGUUGAAAGAGUUGUGUGGGAAGGAGGUUCUGAGCCAAAGUACUGUUGAAAGGCUUUGUAUGCAAUUCGACUUCAAGGAAUUAAUAGCAGCAGAAUAUGCUCGUUCUCCGUGGAUGGAUGGUGGUGUAUCUACAAAAGACACUCUGAUGUCCAAAUCAUCUCAGUAUAAUACCUUUAUCCAAAAGUCUACAUCAGAAUCAAAAGAACAUUUAGAGAUAAGAAGAUAUUCUAGGAAUUUUUUGUUCUAUCUGCAAAACUUGAUCAACUUGGACUCAUUCACCAUCGUUAUACAUCAUUUUCCUACUUCAAUCAUGGCUUCACUUCUGAAUACUGUGUCACCAGCUGCAAAUUUAUCCCCUAAAACCAAACGACCCACUUGUGGCGGUUUCUUGCACUCCCAGGUUCCGAAUCUUCACACUUUUUCCAUGAACAAGGGUUUUUCUAGGGUUUCGGCUUCGACCCAGAUUGCCAUUACCCCAAAAGAUGCGGUUUUUAAUCUCCCCAAUUGGAGAGGUGGGAGGAAUGACCCUAGGGACAAAGAGUUAAGGGUCUAUGAUGCAUUUCUCCAUUUAGAGUAUUUGGUGGGUAAGGGCCAAAAGCCAGAGGUGACUCAAGCAACUCAGCUUUUGUAUGAUCUUUGCAAGUUUAACAAAGCUAGAAAGGCUGUUAAGGUGAUGGAUAUGAUGGUUGAUUCAGGUAUUAUACCUGAUGCAGCCUCUUAUACAUACUUGGUCAAUUUUCUAUGCAGGAGAGGCAAUGUUGGGUAUGCUCUUCAGUUGGUUGAGAAGAUGGAGGGGCAUGGUCUUCCAACUAAUACUGUUACCUAUAACACUCUUGUUAAAGGCCUUUGCAUGCAUGGUAACUUGAAGCAGAGCUUGCAGCUUUUGGAUAAGUUGAGAAAGAAGGGCUUGGUUCCAAAUGCAUUCACAUUUUCUUUCCUUCUCCAAGCGGCGUACAAGGAAAGGGGAGUGGAUGAGGCCAUGAAGCUUCUUGAUGAGAUAAUUGCCCAGGGUGGAGAGCCUAAUUUGGUUAGUUACAAUGUGCUGUUAACUGGGUUGUGCAAGGAAGAGAGAACUGAAGAAGCUAUCAGGCUUUUCAGGGAAUUGCCUGCAAAAGGGUUCAGUCCUAGUGUUGUGAGUUACAACAUUUUGCUGAGGAGCUUGUGCUAUGAAGGGCGGUGGGAGGAAGCUAACGAACUUCUUGCAGAGAUGGAUAAAAGGGACCAGUCUCCCUCGGUGGUCACUUACAACAUAUUGAUUACUUCACUUUCAUUUCACGGAAGAACAGAACAAGCUUUUCAGGUUUUGGAUGAAAUGACAAGGAGUGGAUUCAAGGUGAGUGCUACUAGCUAUAAUCCGAUUGUUGCACGACUCUGCAAGGAAGGGAAAGUGGAUCUUGUUGUUCAAUGCAUAGACCAAAUGAUUCACCGGCGUUGUAAUCCUAAUGAUGGAACGUACUGUGCUGUUGCAAUGCUGUGUGAGCAAGGUAAAGUACAGGAGGCUUUCUUUAUAAUCCAAAACUUGAGUAAUAAACAAAGCAACCCCAUGCAUGAUUUUUACAAAAACGUGAUUGCAAGCCUGUGUAGGAAAGGGAACACAUAUGCAGCCUUUCAGAUGUUAUACGAAAUGACAAAGUAUGGAUUUACUCCAGAUUCCUUUACUUAUUCAUCUAUGAUAAGAGGAAUGUGUAGGGAGGGAAUGCUAGAUGAGGCUCUUAAGGUAUUCAGGAUUUUGGAAGAAAAUGACCACGUUCCUAAUAUUGAUAACUACAACGCACUUAUACUUGGAUUUUGCAAAGCUCGGAGAACAGACAUAUCAAUAGAGAUAUUUCUGAUGAUGGUUAACAAAGGAUGUGUGCCUAAUGAGAAUACCUAUACCAUUAUUGUGGAAGGACUUGCUUUUGAAGAGAAGACAGAUAUAGCUGCAGACCUGUUGAAAGAGUUGUGUGGGAAGGAGGUUCUGAGCCAAAGUACUGUUGAAAGGCUUUGUAUGCAAUUCGACUUCAAGGAAUUAAUAGCAGCAGAAUAGUGACAUAUACCCCUAACAGAAAGUAGGUAGGCCUAUGACUGCCUUCAGAUGUUAAUUAGGUAAGUAAAACAAGUUACCAAAUGCUUGCAAUUUUGAUUGAACAUAGUGUCUAGAGAUGAAUAAUGAAAAGGCUCAAGCAGAUAAUAUAAUGCUGAUUGCAUUCUCUCCCUUGCUUUAGAUUUAACAUAUUUUGGCAAUUUGAAUUCUUCGAAUGAUCUGUAUUAUCCAUUUGUAGGUUUGUUUUUUGGUAAUAAAUUAUUUUCCAUGCCA